GGCGCCUACCAUGGGGCAUAGACAGUCGUGUAAUUGAAUUGAUCCCUUCAUCUAUUACUAAUUUUUUGAUUCUUUGUUCUUAGCAAAAGUCAUUAAAAAUGGCAGAUAACAGCGUCAGAACCACACACAACGUUGAGGCCCAAGGAAAUUAGCCUCCGCACGAAGAUUCCAUCAGUGAUACCCGCAACGAGGGGAACGAGGCCACGCCGGUUCACGGACGAAAAUAUCCACACAUGUUCGGGAGGCAACUCCUGACGAUGCUGAAGAUGAGCACGUCGUUGAAACAGUAAGGAUCCCGAGGGAACAACAAAGGGCAAUGGUUCAUCUCUCGCGGCAGGAUCAAGUUAUGACAUAAUUAAAACGAGUGUUGUCGGUUGUUUCCAACAAUGCGAAUGGACAAGGUGCAGUUCCUCCCUGUGCUCCUACAAAUCAAACAACGCAGAGGGUCGAUAACUACAACACCGAGGGGCGAAGUCGGCUUUGAUAGGGCUGAGGGGAACGGUGGCGGACCCGGUAACAACAAAGAGAAUGAUCCAUUUAAAACCAAACUUAUGCGGUUUAUGAGGGAAAUAAACGCCCGAAUGAAUCAAAUUCCAGGCGCACCACCAGUGCCGAAAGGGCCGGACUCAAAGAAUUACACACAACUGCCAUUCAAACCAAGCGCGACACCAGAAUUGAUCCCGAAGCGGUUUAAAAUGCCAGACGUGCCGAAGUAUGAUGGGACUUCAGAUCCUCAGGAGCACAUCACCACCUAUACAACAGCGGUGAAGGGAAAUGAUUUAGCUCCCCACGAUAUUGAGUCAGUCUUACUAAAAAAGUUCGAGGAGACUCUUACGAAUGGAGCCCUGACAUGGUAUUCGCUUUUGCUUGAGCACUCCAUAGACUCCUUUAAGAUGCUCGCGGACUUUUUCAUCAAGGCCCAUGCCGGGGCCCGAAAGGCCGACAUAUUCAGGAUUGCACAAAGAGAAUCCGAGUUGCUGUGGGAGUUUAUGACCAGAUUCCAGAAGGAAAGGAUGUUGCUACUGGGCGUACCGGACGAAUGGGCAGCUGAAGCAUUCCCCAAAAGGUCUGAAUUCGAGAAGUUUCGACGUUUCCCAGAAGUUGAAAGAUAGUUUGCUUGAGUUCCAAGCAAUAACUUGGGUGGAUGUUCAGAACUAGUACGAGUCAAAGAUAAGGAUUGAGGAUGAUCAACUCGGUUUUCCAGCAUCGGCCAAGGGUCGGUACCAGGAGAAAAAUAAAGAGAAAUAGAAGGAUGAUUUCGACACAUAUCAACGGUCUUCAAGGGGUCAAUUUUUGCCUUAUAAACGGGAUGAAGGACGCGGCAGAGGUUUCUGGUCGGCGGAUAGAUUCACUACUGAUAGGAGAACUGAUCGAAGCCGAAAUAACAGGUCAUUUCAGGACAAGGAAACGUCAGGUUCUCAAGAUUCUUCCUGCCCCAGAAUUUUCGGAUACAACUUCAACGUUAGCAUAGCAGAGCUGGUGUCGGUAAUGAGGAACAUUAAAGAAGAACAGUUCCCAAAGCCAAUCAGAUCCGAUCCCAGCCAAAGGGAUUCUAAUUUGUGGUGCGAAUACCACGGAACAAACCGUCAUCGGACUAGGGACUACCGGCAUCUACACGAAGAGGUUUUGGUCAAAAUGAGG